UGUCUUAGGGACCAGGAGAGGAUGCUCCCAUGGAGAGGUGCCAGAAAUUCAUUUUACUUCCUUUCAUCUUAUUGGCCUCACUAACAGAUCUUGGCUUUUGUUCUUCUAUUAUAACUGGCCCUACUAACGUGACAGUCCUUGUUGGUUCAGAAGCCCGAUUUAACUGCACCGUGUCGUUAGAAUGGCUAAUCCUCAUCUGGUUGUCAAACGGAAGCCCGGUCCUUACCGUGGUGAAUCCUCAAGGAGCUAUUAUAACAUCAGACCGCUUCACCUCCCAAAAUUACACCAGCACGAGUGGGUUUACCUCGGAGCUGAUCAUCCACGACACGCGGCUGAGUGACUCUGGCAAAAUAGAGUGCAGCACCCAGCAAGCUGACGAGAGUGGCUCUGCAUUUCUCUGGGUCCAAGUUAAUGGAUCUUUAUUCAUCAAAAAUAGCACCUUUACAGUAAGAGAGAACAAAACAGUUGAAAUUGUUUGCGAAGCCUUAGGAUGGGCUCCAGCUCCAGACAUUACCUGGAUGACAAAUGACUCUUUCAUAGAUAAGUCGAGGUAUGUUACCAAGCAAAGUCAAGGAUCUAAUGGUCUUCACAAUGCCAUGAGCAUCUUAACUUUGACUCCAACGGACACUGAGAUUGUGACUUGUUUAGCUGAUAUAGAAGCACUUCCUAGCCCUCAGAAUGCAACUAUAACUGUUUUUUUUCUCGACUCUACUGUAGAAAGUGAUUACGGUGAAAACAAAACAAGUACAUGGAUCAUUGUACUUGCAGUCAUAUUCUCAAUUAUUGGUUUUAUUCUUCUGGUCUUUAUUAUUGGGAUUGUCGUACGCUGCUUCUGCCAAAAGAAGAAAGGCUCCACCUAUCAAAAUGAGAUAAGAAAAGCAUCAGCUAAGAAGAAAAAUAGUGGCCAUUUGCAAAACAGCCAAAGAGACGGUGGUGAAAACCAUGGAUAUAUUCCAGAGGAACCAACAUACACAGAACACAUCCCAAGAAUUGUCUCUCUUCCCCCAAUGUCUUCCAAGUUUACUGUCCCUGAUUCAGAUUCAUAUGCCAGUUCUGCAUCAAAGGUGCAACCUCAAAGACGAACUGAUUAUCCAAUCAGCCCAAAGAAAAUUAGAAACGUGACACAUGUUUAGGACGUACUUUUCCAGGAAAGUUCUCUGUCAGCUGCGUGUCACACGUUUGGAUGUCUUCCUGCAGCAAAGAAAGGUUAU